GUUGCUGCCAGUGACCACUGUCUGCAGGGACCAGAGAGAGCAGGAAAGAAAUGGAGGGGAACACCUCACUUUCAUGCUUGGGGAAAAUUAGAAACCUGUGUUGAUGCUUCUUCCCAGCAUCCCAAACUCUUCAGCAGGUACUGGGACAGCUGUAAACUCUUAACAGCUGAGGCAGGAAGGAAGCUGAGAGUAGAGCUGGGAUUGAAAAGCAAUCAAGGCAAAAAUCUUUCAAGCCCAUGUACCAUGAACAAAAUAAAAUUAUCAAGGAAUUCUUGCUAAGAGAAAGGAUCAACUCUUGAGUCUCUUACUGAACCUAUUGUCCAAGAACUCUAGAGAUUGACUUUAUCUCAAAUGAGUCAAAAGAGCUAGUCCUGCAUCCACCUUCCAAGUGCUGUGGUGUCAUAGCUCACAGCAACUUCAAACUCCUGGACUCAAGCAAUCCUCUUGCCUCAGCCUUCUGCGUAACUGGGACUACAGUCGUGUGCCACCCUGCCCAGCUAGUUUUUUUCUAUGUUUAAUAGAGAUGGGGGUCUCGCUCUUGUUCAGGGUGGUCUUGAAUAUCUGAGCUCAAGCAAUCCACCUGCCUUGGCCUCCCAGAGAGCUAGGAUGACAGGCUGACAUGGAUCCCAGUUGCUCCUCAGAGAUUCAGCAGGAGAUCCCGAUGGAGGAGGAUAAUGCCCAGAGAGAGGAGCCCAAGGACAAUGGUGAUGGUGAUGUGCGACACUUUGAUUCCAGCGAGAUCAUGGCAGAGCAUAGCCACACACUAAAGCAGCUGGAUUUACAAAAUGGUAGCUUAGAGGAAGACAUCGGGGUGUCUUCUCUUGAGAACGAUUCUCAAAACAUGAUGGAGAGCCUAAGCCCGAAGAAAUAUUCUUCCAGUCUUAGAUUUAAAGCCAAUGGAGAUUAUUCUGGCUCCUAUUUAACCCUCUCACAACCUGUGCCUGCUAAGAGAAGUCCUUCUCCUUUGGGAACCAGUGUCAGAAAUAGCCCCUCCUUGGCCAAAAUCCAGGGAAGCAAGCAAUUCUCUUGUGAUGGAACUGACAAAACUAUUUCCAUGAAACCUCCCACUCCUUUACUCAGCACUGCACCCUCCCUCAGUGGAUACCCCCUUGGGAGAGUGGACUUUGAUCACUAUUCUGGCCGGGAUGGUGAAAGGGCCUUGAGGCUCUCAGAGAAGCCUCCCUAUUCCAAAUACAACUCAAGGAAUAAAUCACAUGACAAUGUCUACUUUCUCGGAGGCCUGGAAGGUCGAAAGGCAUCUGGCUCACUCCUGACCAUGUGGAAUGGAGGUUCUCCGAGUGAUGCUAGCUCCUCUCCUGUCAGCAGAUCAGGAGCAGCAAGUAUGCCUUCAAGCCCAAAGCAAGCCAGGAAAAUGAACAUUCAGGACAACCUGACACUUCAGCCCAGGUUAACUAGACACAAAGAGCUAACACCUGAAAACAUGAGCAUAAGAACUAGGAAGUAUUCAGGCAGCAGCCUGAGUCACAUGGGAGCCUACAGCCGAUCGCUUCCCAGGUUGUACAAAGCCACAGAGAACCAGCUGACACCUCUCAGCUUGCCUCCAAGAAACUCUCUGGGCAAUUCCAAAAGAACAAAACUUGGGGAAAAGGAUCUACCUCAUAGCGUAAUAGACAAUGACAAUUACCUUAAUUUUUCUUCUUUAAGCUCAGGGGCUUUACCCUAUAAAUCCUCUGCAUCUGAAGGCAAUCCUUAUGUAAGUUCCACCGUCAGUGUCCCUGCCAGUCCUCGAGUGGCUCGAAAGAUGCUUCUGGCUUCCACCUCCUCUUGUGCUUCUGAUGACUUUGACAGGGCUUCAUACUCAGGCUCGGGGACAAGUCAAAGUCAUUCAUUUCUUCCUGGAGAGCCAGACAGAGUAUUUGCAGCCAGAAGGAACUUCUCUUGCGGAUCUGUGGAGUUUGAUGAGGCUGAUUUGGACAGCCUCAGACAGGCCUCAGGAACCCCUCAGCCUGUCCUGCGGGAGCGGAAGAGCAGCAUUAGCUCCAUUUCAGGACGUGAUGACCUGAUGGAUUAUCACCGGCGGCAGAGGGAGGAAAGACUCAGGGAGCAGGAGAUGGAGCGAUUGGAGAGACAGCGGCUAGAGACCAUCCUCAGUUUGUGUGCUGAGUACACAAAGCCUGACAGCCACUUGUCCACUGGCACCACGGUGGCAGAUGUGCAGAAAAUCAACAAGGAGCUUGAGAAGCUGCAGCUGUCUGACGAGGAGUCCGUGUUUGAAGAAGCCCUGGUGAGCCCUGACACAAGGUACAGGUGCCACCAGAAGGGCUUCCUCCACGAUGCAGACUCUGCAGGCUUCGGGAGCCUCAGUCAGAGCGGUGCCAGCUUCCUUGCCCCCAGGAGCAUCAGGAGUGACGAACUGCUCAGUGAGCUCACCAGGAUUCCCCCCACACCGUCCUCUGCCUUCCUGAAAGCUUCCAGCGAGUCCUCUUAUCUAAGCAUCCUACCUAAGACCCCCGAGGGUAUAAGUGAAGAACAGAGGGCUCAGGAGAUGGCUGCAAUGGAAGAUACCCGGAUAGUAAUUCUCAACAACCUUGAGGAACUUGAACAAAAAAUCAAAGAUAUAAAUGACCAGAUGGAUGAGUCUUCCAGAGAGUUGGAUAUGGAAUGUGCUCUUUUGGACGGAGAACAGAAAUCUGAAACAACUGAACUUAUGAAGGAGAAGGAGAUUUUGGAUCAUCUAAACCGGAAAAUAGCAGAACUGGAAAAGAACAUUGUUGGUGAAAAGACCAAGGAGAAGGUAAAGCUUGAUGCUGAAAGGGAAAAACUAGAGAGGCUCCAGGAGCUUUACUCCGAGCAGAAGACCCAGCUGGACAAUUGUCCUGAGUCCAUGAGGGAACAGUUACAACAACAACUGAAGAGGGAUGCUGACCUAUUGGAUGUUGAAAGCAAACACUUUGAAGACCUGGAGUUCCAGCAGCUUGAACACGAGAGCCGUCUGGAUGAGGAGAAGGAGAACUUGACCCAACAGCUCCUGCGUGAAGUGGCUGAGUAUCAGCGGAACAUUGUUGCUAGAAAGGAAAAAAUUUCUGCAUUGAAAAAGCAAGCCAAUCAUAUUGUUCAGCAGGCUCAGAGAGAACAAGAUCAUUUUGUGAAGGAAAAGAAUAAUUUAAUACUGAUGUUACAAAGAGAAAAGGAGAAUCUUUGUAAUUUGGAAAAGAAAUACUCCAGCCUCUCUGGGGGGAAAGGGUUUCCUGUUAACCCCAAUACCCUAAAAGAGGGCUAUCUCAGUGUAAAUGAAAUUAAUGAGCCAUGUGGCAAUUCCACGAAUCUAUCCCCUUCCACUCAGUUCCCUGCUGCUGCUGAUGCUGUUGCCACUGAGCCUGCCACAGCUGUGCUGGUGAGCCAGCCACAAAGUAAAGAGCACUUUAGAAGUCUGGAAGAAAGGAAAAAACAACAUAAAGAAGGCCUCUAUCUGAGUGACACUUUGCCUCGAAAGAAAACCACACCUUCCAUCUCCCCACAUUUCAGCAGUGCUACUAUGGGGAGAAGCACCGCCCCAAAGGCUCACCUGCCCCUAGGACAGAGCAACAGCUGCGGCAGUGUGCUUCCUCACUCACUGGCAACUAUGACCAAAGACUCCGAGUCUCGGAGGAUGCUCAGAGGAAAGUCCAAGAAAGGAAGAAUGAAUUCCUCAGCAGGUUAUAAUCACCAACAGAUGAGUGAAGGACAAAGGCAGAAAUCUGAAUUUUACAACCGCACAGCAUCUGAAUCAAAUGUCUAUUUGAACAGUUUCCAUUACCCAGAUCACAGCUACAAGGACCAGGCCUUUGAUACUUUGAGCCUAGACAGCUCUGACAGCAUGGAGACCAGCAUCUCUGCUUGCUCACCUGACAAUAUCUCUAGUGCCAGCACUUCAAAUAUUGCCAGAAUAGAAGAAAUGGAGAGACUUUUGAAGCAGGCUCAUGCAGAAAAGACAAGACUACUUGAAUCCAGGGAACGGGAAAUGGAAGCCAAAAAAAGAGCCCUGGAAGAAGAAAAACGACGCCGAGAAAUCCUGGAAAAACGAUUGCAGGAAGAAACAAGCCAGAGGCAGAAGUUAAUAGAAAAGGAAGUAAAAAUAAGGGAGAAACAAAGAGCUCAGGCUCGGCCUUUGACACGCUAUUUGCCUGUCCGGAAGGAAGAUUUUGAUUUGCGGAGCCAUGUGGAAACUGCAGGCCACAAUAUUGAUACUUGUUAUCAUGUAUCAAUCACGGAGAAGACCUGCCGAGGAUUCCUUAUCAAAAUGGGUGGAAAAAUUAAAACUUGGAAAAAACGUUGGUUUGUUUUCGAUAGGAACAAGCGAACAUUCUCUUAUUAUGCAGAUAAGCAUGAAACUAAAUUAAAAGGAAUAAUAUACUUUCAAGCCAUUGAAGAAGUAUAUUAUGAUCACCUCAAGAAUGCUAAUAAGAGUCCUAAUCCAUUACUCACCUUUAGCGUCAAGACGCAUGACAGAAUCUAUUAUAUGGUGGCCCCAUCACCCGAAGCCAUGCGGAUCUGGAUGGAUGUUAUAGUUACUGGGGCAGAAGGUUACACUCACUUCUUGUUGUAGUGAACUGGGGCAACAGUCUACUUCAGGGCAGACUGCAAUAACCUCUUACAAGAAAGAAGCCAUAUUCAAUCCCAGAUGGGAACACCCAACAGACCCAUCCCUUGAACUGUGUACAUUCAGGACUCUUUUCAUAUUGACAAGAAGUCAUUUGUAAAAACAAAUGAAGGGGUAUUAAUACAGAGUUUGAUAAUAAGAAGCAAAAGAAUUUAAGUUCCCAUGAGAAAACACUAUUUUAAUAAAUAGUAUCGCUUACAGGAACAUUUCUUAUAAACUAUUUUUCACCAAUUGUUGAUUUUGGUGAAAUAAACAGUUUACAAAAUGUCUGUAUAUACUUGGAAAUAAGGCAUUUUAGCACCCAAAUCAUUGACGUUGACAUUAUUGAUAAUCAACUGGCUUUUUUUUUUAAAGUAGUAUUUUGCUGAUGGUUAUUUUAUAAAUGUAAGCAAAGAAGGGCUUGGAGGGGAAUAUGUUUUAUGAGAAGUUGUGCUUUAAUUUUUAAGUACUGCACCAAAGCCAAAGACUUGACAUGACUUCUGUUUAAUGGUAGUAAUGGCAAUUGCUGAACUCCAUUUUGUGUUACCCUGUAUUUCAAAAUGGAAUUUAAUGCCAUCAAAUGCCCAGGAAAUUGACUUUGUAGUGUUACUAAUGGCAUAUAAAGUAAACCACUUUUUCUAGAAAAGAAGAAAAUGCAGAAAGCUGUGUGUUUUAGAAAAAAGCCAUCUUCGACAACAGGCAUUCUAUCACAUUGGACAAUUUUAAAUAAAGAGAAUGUUCAGUGU